GUAGAUUUAGACACUACCAAUGUUUUCCUUGUCUUUUGCAAUAUAUAUGUUUGGAUGGCUCAGCCAUCUCUCCAGCCCUAUAUACUUAUCUUUUUAUGGUCAGAGUAUGGUGGUGCAUGACUUCCCAGCACUCUGGAGGCAGAAGGAGGUAGAUGUUUGUGAGUUGGAGAUGAGCUUCAUCUAUGGUAAAUAAUUAUGGACAACACAAAUGAAUACUUACUUAAAUUUAAAGGAUAUAAUUUUGAGAAAAGUAUUGUGGACAUUAAGCAUUUAGAAACAAUGGAAGACUUUGAAAUUAGAGAUGACGAUGUCUUCAUAAUCACGUACCCAAAAUCUGGUACUGUCUGGACUCAGCAGAUCCUCAGCUUGAUUUAUUUUGAAGGCCACCGAAACAGUACUGAAAACAUUGAAACAAUAAACAGAGCACCAUUCUUUGAGUAUAAUAUUCAUAAUUUAGACUUUGUCAAAAUGCCAUCACCUCGCAUCUUCACUUCUCAUCUUCCGUAUUACUUAGUACCAAAAGGUCUCAAGAAGAAAAAGGCUAAAAUUCUUUAUAUUUACAGAAACCCCAAAGACGUUUUGGUCUCAUUUUUUCAUUUUUCAAAUUGGUUGAUUACCUUAGAAGCUACAGAUACCAUUGAACAUUAUCUGGAAAAGUUUCUAGAUGGCAAAGUUGUAGGAAGCUGUUGGUUUGAUCACAUCAGAGGCUGGUAUGAACACAAGCAUGACUUCAACAUUAUGUUCCUGAGCUAUGAAGAUAUGAAGAAGGACCUUAGAAGCUCAGUGCUUAAAAUCUGUGGUUUUCUGGGGAAAGAACUGAAUGAAGACGACAUGGAUGCUGUGGUGAGACAAGCCACGUUUCAGAACAUGAAACGUGACCCACGAGCAAAUUAUGAUAAUGUUAUAAGACAUGAAAUUGGGACAAGAAACAAUGGAUAUUUUCUGCGCAAAGGCACCAUCGGAGACUGGAAACGUCACUUGACUGUGGAGCAGAAUGAAAGAUUUGACAUGAUAUUCGAGAGCAACAUGAAAAAAUUUCCCUUGAAGUUUAUCUGGGAUAUAAAUGAAGAAUAGAAUUCUAAUGUUCGUAUAAAAUAAACAUAAAAGUCCAUUAAGCAGAAGGCAUAUUUUUACAUCAACAGAGAUAUGUUUUUGUAUCUUAAUCAUUGAAUGGCAAACUUCAUUAAGAAGCAAAAUAAAUAAACUAUGCUUGGGAAGUUGCAAUGAGGUUAAUAAAUUACUUCAAAUUUCAAAAUUGAA